CUGUCUGUAUGUGUGUGUAGGUUAGCGUCUGCGCUAGAAGGCGAAGGCUGUCCCUGUCGGAGUGUAGUGCUCGUGUGUGUGACUCCGCUCUCCUGCCGCUCACUCCUCUUGGCACUUCGUAUAUUCCGUGUGUGUCACCCCUUCUGCCGCUAUGGACCCAGCCUUCGAAGGAGCUGGCUCGGAGCAGGGCCUGCAGAUCUGGAGAAUAGAGAACUUCGAGGUGGUGCCCUACCCGAAGGAGAAGUACGGCCAGUUCCAUCGCGGCGACUCCUACAUCGUCCUCUACACGAACGUCAUCAACGACAAGAAGAGCUGGGACUUGCAUUUCUGGCUGGGCUCGCAGACCUCGCAGGAUGAGGCAGGCGCGGCGGCCAUCAAGACGGUGGAGCUGGAUGACUCCCUGGGAGGCGUGCCCGUGCAGCACCGCGAGGUGGAGGAGCACGAGUCAUCCCUCUUCCUCUCCAGGUUCAAGAAGGGUGUGAGGUACCUGAACGGUGGUGUGGCCUCAGGGUUCCGUCAUGUGGACCCUGACGCCCCCUACCCCGCCCGGCUCUUCCACGUCAAGGGCCGCAGGAAUGUGCGCGUCAAGGAGGUUGAGCUGGGUGUUGCCUCCAUGAACAAGGGUGACUGCUUCAUCCUGGACUGUGGGGACCAGGUUUUGGUGUACAUGGGUCCUGCCAGCCGCAGAAUAGAGCGUCUGAAGGCCAUCACCGCUGCAAACGCCAUCAGGGAUGAUGACCACGCUGGCAAGGCCAAGGUGGUGGUUGUAGAUGAGUCUGCCUCAGGAGAUGAAGUGGAGGCAUUCUUCACCGGUCUGGGUGGAGGCUCCCCUGAUGAUGUGGCUGACGAGGCUGCAGGCGAAGAUGAUGCAGCCUUCGAGCGAUCUGAAGCUAGUGUGGUAACCCUGUACCAUGUGUUUGAAGACAGCUCUGGAGCAAUGCAGACCAAGAAAAUUGGAGAGAAGCCACUGCUCCAGUCAAUGCUGGACUCUGGGGAGAGUGCCCAGGAUUGUUUCUUGCUGGACACUGGCUCUGGAGUCUAUGUUUGGAUUGGCAGUGGCUCCAGCAAGAAUGAAAAAGUUAAGAGCAUGGAGAUGGCUGCACAGUAUAUGGAGCAGAAGGGAUACCCUAAAUGGAGGAGUGUGCAGCGUGUGGUGGAGAAAGCUGAGCCUGCAGUAUUCAAGUCUUACUUCAAGACAUGGAAGGAGCCUGAAGAGCAAGUGGGAUUGGGCAGAGUCUUUAAUGAGAGACAGAUUGCUGCAAUGCAAGCAGUGGAGGCAGACUUUGACCCAAGCUCACUGCAUGCAGAGAAGCGCCGUCUGCUGCUGAAGAAUGCUGGACCUGCUAUUGGCUUCAUGCCUGAUGAUGGUUCAGGCCAGAUUGAGAUUUGGCGUGUGGAGGACUUUGAGCUGCAGCCGGUCGACGAGAGUGCCAAGGGCUUCCUGUUUGGAGGUGACUCUUAUGUCAUGAAGUACACCUAUGAGGUCAAUGGUAAUGAGCGCUACAUCCUCUACUUCUGGCAGGGAGUGGCAAGCAGCCAGGACGAGCGAGCGGCUUCUGCCAUACACACGGUGCGCCUGGACAAUGAGCUCAAUGGCAAGGCUGUGCAAGUGAGGGUGGUACAGGGCUCUGAACCAGCUCACUUCUUGAGGAUCUUUAAGGGUCAGAUGGUGGUGUUCCUGGGUGGAAAGGCAUCUGGCUUCAAGAAUGUGCAUGAUCAUGACACCUAUGAUGUGGACGGCACUCGCCUCUUCAGGGUUCGUGGGACAUGUGACCUGGACACUCGGGCAGUACAGGUGCAGGAGGUGGCUGCCUCACUCAACUCUGAUGAUGUCUAUGUCCUUGAGACUCCAGCCAAGACUUAUCUGUGGAUUGGCAAGGGUGCUAAUGAAGAGGAGAAGGCCAUGGGAGAGAGAGUGGCUGGACUGGUGUCCCCCGGCAGAGAUCUGGAGACACUGGCUGAAGGUGAGGAGGAGGACGGCUUUUGGGACAGUCUGGGAGGCAAAGGAGAGUACCAGACAUGUCGUGAUGUGGAUAGGCCACUACUGUACCCUCGCCUCUUCCACUGCACCAUUUCACCUGCUGGCUGCCUGCGCGUCAAUGAAGUUUCUCACUUCUCACAGGAGGAUUUGAAUGAAGAUGACGUGAUGGUGCUGGACUCUGGUGAUGAAGUGUAUGUCUGGGUCGGUCGUGGCUCAGAUGACCAGGAGAAAGAGAAGGCCAUGGAGAUGGCAAAGAAUUACAUCAAGACUGACCCGACGGAGCGCUCCUUGGACACAACAGUGAUCCUGCGCAUCAACCAGGGAGAGGAACCUGCUGCCUUCACCGCCAUCUUCCCUGCCUGGAACCCCGACCUGUGGGAGAAGCCGUGCCCCAGCCCUGAUGCGAUGCCUCAAAUGAUUGAAAACAAUAUAGUCCAUAACGCUAAAGAAGAAAGCGAAAAUAUAACCAAAGAUCAGCUGUUGAAGGUUGAGGAAGCGCCAGCAGAGAAAGAGCACCCUGCUGCUAGUUGUUGCUGUUGCCAAUGAGAGUAAAGGACUGGCAAGCUAUGAAGACGUGAAGGCUCACCUGGCAGAGAACAAUGCAGCACUGGGCUAGACCACCACCGCCACCACUCCCCAGCUGUGCCUGGAAGGAAAACCCUCAUCAAUACUUAUCUUUAUAAAUAAUCUGGUGGUGCUUUGUGCUUUAUGGUCAUUCUGAUCUUGGGUGUGUGUUUGUGUGUUGGUCAAGUGAUCCUGGCUGGUGCCUUCCUACUCAACUUGCAGAAUAUAGUCAUUACGUGCUUUUAUAGUCUUGCCAGCUUAAUUUGAUUAAGGGUCUAUAUAAAUCAGUCCUGUAAUCCCAAACAUUCCUAAAUUGUCAGACUAUGAUCAUUUUGGUUUUUUGGUAGGAUACACAUGUUUUGUAAGAAUAUAAUCAAACCAUUAAGCCAACUAUGUGAUAAGAAAUUUUAUACCAAGAUAAUGAUAAUAUUAAUAGUAUGUACCAAAACCACAGAGACAUCACUUAAUUUAGGUAUAUUAGAUAUGUAGGUAAUAUAUUAGAUAUGCACUACUCAAAAAAGCAAAGGACCUUACUUCAAGUAAGUAGUUUAUAGAUCAAACUUGCAUUGAGCCUCAAGCAUGCACUGGUGACAGGGCUUUCACUCCUUGAAGGCAAGAACAAUUUUUACUAUGGUGAUAGGAAAUAGUGUCCAUGACAUGCCUUGAACAGUCACUUUUAAAAACUACCUACAUUUGCUUCUUGCCCUUCAAUUAAUCUAGUAAAACUUGAGUGCUUUAUAUGAUGCAGAGGCUUCCAGUAGAGUAUGCUUCAACUUCCAUUCAGAAUAGUUCUUGAAAAUGAUUUUGCAGUUAAUGGAAUUAAAAACAUGUUUUCAUCUUGAUAAAUUAUUACUCGUAUGAAGAUGUAUCUACUGAACACACACAUGAAGAUGCAAGAGACUGACUUGUCCAGGAUAAGGAUGCACUGUGUGCUGUGACAAGUCUCUUACAUUUCCAAAUGUGUCAAGAUUGAUUUUGCACUCUAAGUAAUGAACUUGUUUUUCUCAUAGGCAUAAAUUGGUACUUAAUCUCAAAUGCUUUGUGAAUUGGUACUUAAAUCUGUCUAGUCACUUUCUUGAAAUUUUUGUGACUGAUUUGCACUAUUAUUAAAAGAUUUAGAAAAAAAAAA